AUGGAUGAUGCCGAAGUCCUUAAGAAGAGAGGCUAUGUUAUGGGAAUCAAUCUCGGAGAAGGGUCUUACGCCAAGGUGAAAUCUGCUUACUCCGACCAGCUGAAAUGCAACGUGGCAGUCAAGAUCAUUGAUAAGAGGAAAGCGCCCCAUGACUUUCUGGAGAGGUUCCUUCCAAGAGAGAUUGAGAUGCUGGCGAGAGUGAAGCAUCAUGCCAUCAUCAAAACCUACGAGAUCUUUGAGACCUCCGACAGGAAAGUCUACAUCGUGACCGAACUCGGCGUCCAAGGAGACUUGCUGGAAUUCAUCAAGAGGAGAGGAGCCAUCCCCGAGGAAGUGGCUCGUAAGAUGUUCCACCAGCUUGCCAGCGCCAUCAAGUAUUGCCACGAGCUGGACAUUGUCCACCGGGACUUGAAAUGCGAGAACCUCCUCCUGGACAAAGAGUUCAACAUCAAGUUGACUGACUUUGGCUUCGCCAAGCGCGUGACUCGUGAUGACGACGGCAGGGUGGUCCUUAGCAAAACCUUCUGCGGUUCUGCCGCCUAUGCAGCCCCUGAAGUCCUGCAAGGUAUCCCCUACCAACCCAAGGUUUAUGACAUCUGGAGCCUGGGCGUGGUCCUGUUCAUUAUGGUUUGCGGCUCCAUGCCCUACGACGACUCCAACAUUAAAAAAAUGCUCAAGCUGCAGAAAGAGCACCGGGUGCAUUUCCCCCGCUCCAAAGUGCUCUCCGUCGAAUGCAAAGAUCUCAUUUAUCGCAUGCUCCAGCCCGACGUCGCCCGUCGGCUGUGCAUUGAUGAGGUUCUGGGGCACGGUUGGAUGCAAGACCCCAAAUCGGUCUCGGACACCACGCUAACGAAAACAGGCGAAUGCUCGCACCACCAGAAUCACAUCAGAACCAUGUAUGGGAAAGAAUCGGAGUACUCAGAAAAUGAAAAGGUUAUUCAAGAAGAAAAGCACGCUGAUAUGGACAACCUCUCUGACCAGAUGCAAAGGACUUCACUCUGA